GCUGGCCACUCUCCUCGGGCAGAAGCCUUUGUGUCUUGCCCCCACCACCUGCUUCUCCUGGAUCCGCAGCCUCUCUUGGGGGCAUCAGAUUCCAACCCGCCAGGGCUCAUAGCACCUCUCCUCUCUCCAGGACCUUCGUGCUCAAAGGUGCGGAAGACCCAAGCUCGCGGCCCCACCAGGUCAUGGCAGGGUACGGCUAUCUGGGGCUGGGGCUGUUCUGCUGGGUCCUGCUUGCUGUUCCUGCGGGCCCCCAGCCUGCCUCCUCUGUCCCAGGGGCCCCUCUCACCACUUUGACCCCUCCACCCCAGAGUGAGGCCUCUAUGCUGUCUCUCAACCUGGGACUUAACUUCAAAUUCCACCUUCGGGGACCGGCUGCUGUCUGGGGGAACCCUAUCACGGAGACCCAGGCACUUUCUCCCAGGCCGAGCCGGGAGCCCAGGGCAGAGGCGGCCGAUGGGCUGAGGACUGACCCGCUUUGGGAACUGCUGAUGGGCUCUCUCGGAAACUCCCCGCCAGAGUGGGGCUCUGCAGAAGGCAGCUCUACUCCGCGGGCCUCCUCCCCGGCUCUGGAGUCCGCGUCCCUCCUCUCGGGGCCUGCUGAUGGGCCCACUGUGCCCUAUCGGCCCGGGAUGGGCACUGUGACCUGGGACACUGCUCUGACAGCCACGGCAACUCCAUCCAGUGCGCCCAGGCUCCGCCAGAGCGAGCUGGAGCUGAAGUUCAAUGUGGCGUUGAGAGCAGGCGCGGCCCCCACGCUCGGGCAUCGAACGCUGCCCCUGCUGCCCAGCCUGCGGGCCAGCCUGGCAGAGAUUGCUGGGCGCCUGGGACCCUUUGGGUUCUUUGGCACUACACUGUCCCCGCUCCGGAACUUAUCAGGCCCGAGUCCCCCAGGCCCAAUUACAUCCCCAGGCUCUGCCUCUGGAGUUUCAGAUUCUCCAGGAUUCUUUGGCACCACUCUGUCCCUGCCCCCAUCCCCCCAGGAAAGAAAGCUCCCAAGUCCAAGGCCACUGGAUCCAGCUGCUUCUCUAAGCUCUGCGUUAAUUGCAACAGCAUCAUUAGAGUCCACCACCCCCACCUCUGGCCUGGACGACCCCUCUCCUGCCAGCCUUGGGAACCUUUCGGUGCAGCCAGAGUGUGGGCCAGGGUCCUGCAGUAUCAGAGAGCGGCCUGAACGCGAGGGGCAGCUGUACGGCGGCCAACCUGGCCUGGAGGGGCCCUGGCCCUGGUGGGCCUUCCAGCUCGGCCUGCGCUUAGGCGAGGUGGGCGUUGCGCUCCCGUUGGCGCUGCUGGGCCUCUACCCGGCGCUCUGCAGUUCCCGCGUGCCGCCGCGCUGCUGGGCCAAGCUCUUCCGCCUGUCCCCGGGCCACGCCGCCCCGCUGCUGCCCGGAGGCUGGGUCACUGGGGCUCCGGACAAGAAGCCGCUGGGGAGCUCCAUCGCGCGUGGCGACGCGGAACUGCUGCAGCUGUGCGCCCUGGCCGGACCGGGCCCCGACCUCCUCCUCCAGGGAGGAGGCUGCCGGAGCUUCGAUGGCGCGGCCGCCCACCCGGCGCCUUCCCCGGCCUCGUCUCCCUGCAGCGAUGACACCGUGGACUUCCGCCCGCCGUCCCCCAUCAACCUGAGGCGCAGCAUCGAAGAGGCCCUCUGCAGCGAAGCCCUGCUGGCGCCCGGCCUCUUCCAGGUCCCGGCCUUCGGGGAAGCUCUGCCUAGCCUUGGCGUCUACCGCACCGCCUCGCUGGGGGCUCAGACCGGGGCUGGGCCCCUUGGGAGGUCUGGGGAGGCCCCUGGCUCCCCGGCACCCCGCGAGCUCCCCUCUCCUGGGACCUGGCCCGCGGGCAGCAGCGCCUCCUCCGGCUCGCUGUGCGGACUCUCGCGGGACAGCUCGUCCGUGCUCCUAUGCUCCAGCCCGGACAGGGCCCCGCGCUGUCCGCUGGUCUGCGUCCUCAGCCCUCCGCGGCCCUCAGGAAGCAGCCCCAGCCUCCCGGCCUCAGGAUCCUACCAGGCCCUGUCCCCACCCUCCCGCGACUCCCCAGAACCUGCUCCUGAGCUGCAGGCCGAAGAGGCCUUGCUGCAGGAGCAAUUCCUGGACGCCUGCCGACAGAUUGACGAGCUGAGCAUGGGCAGCGACACCAUAGACCUGUGAAGAGGUGGCCCCCUAGCCACCCUCGAUCGCACGCCCCCUUCUGGCGCCUGUUCUGCCCCCCAUCCCCCCACCCGAGACCUGCACACUGUAACCCUUCCCCAAUCCUGCCUGGCUCAGAUACCUCUCCCGGCUUCCUUUCCCAUCCGGAGAACCCUGGAUGGGUGGGUCAGCAGCCAGGCUCUGUUGAUGGGGAACUAUCCACCUUCUCUGGAGCCUUGGGGCGUUGAUGCCCUCAGCUGCAAUACUAGGCUGGCAGGGGUCCCACUGUCCUUGGCAUUCACCAGCAAUAAAGCUCCAAGGUGCUCCACUCCAGACCACCACUUCCCACUCUGGUGCUGAGUGAGAGGGGCUGUCCUUAGAAGACCUCAGGACCCACCUCUGUCCCCAGACCCACCUCAGCUACGCCCAGGAAUCCCACCCCUGCUGAGUGAGACUCCCGUGUCCUCCACAUGAUCCUUCCCCGUAGAAGGGUCCAUGGCCCAUCUAGGAGACUCUGCAGCAGUUGGGUGGGAGAAGAGCGCUUUCAGAGUUAAUUUAUCAAUAAAAUAUUUUCAGAGGAGAAA